AUGCGGCUGGGCUCUCUCUUUACACUGCUGACCGCGGCAUUAGUAGAGUUAUCAUCCGGUACACUGACAACACACGAUGAAACAUUUCAGCCGGACCAUAUUCUGAGGGUGUCUGCAAAAAACAUCUCGGUCGCUUGUGAGACGAGAUAUAGCGCUGUCAUCAAUGGAACCUCGCCCGGGCCAGAGCUGCGGCUGCCAGCCGGCCAAGUGACCUGGAUCCGCGUCUACAAUGACAUGCUCGAUGCCAACCUCACCAUGCAUUGGCAUGGACUAGCAAUGCGCAUGGCCCCCUUUGCCGAUGGCAGUGUGUUCGCAUCGCAGUGGCCGAUCCCUCCCGGGCAUUUCUUCGACUACGAGGUUUCCCCAACACAAGAAGAUGGCGGCACUUACUUCUACCACUCUCACGUCGGCAUGGAAGCUUUGACAGCUUAUGGUCCCCUGAUCGUGAACGAGUAUGGCGCGUAUCCCCAUUACUACGAUGAGGAGCGCACCCUCCAGUGGGGAGACUAUUUCAAUCAGACGGACAAGAAGAUCGAGCAUGGUCUGGAGGCGGUGCCAUUUGUAUGGAGCGGAGAGACAAACGGAGUUCUCCUGAACGGUAUCGGAGUCGGCCUUGGACACACUCCCGGAACGAGCGACAACCAAAGCACAUGCUCUUUCCCUGUGAUCAAUGUCGAGCCUGGGAAAAUAUACCGGUUCCGGUGGAUUGGAGCAACGGCGCUGUCGCAUCUGGUCAUGCAGCUGGAGGAUCACCUGGACCGUUUUACCAUUGUUCAAGUCGACGGAGGCGAGUUCACGAAGCCGGUCACUGUGGACAGGAUGCAGGUUGGCUCGGGCCAACGAUUUGAUGUUCUGUUCCGGGCAAAAACCGCGGAUGAAUUGGCAAACGAAGGCAACAAGACGGAUUAUUUCAUGCAGUUUGAAACGAGAGAGCGGCCUACUGUCUUCAGAAGCUAUGCUGUGGUCCGCUACUCCACGAAGCCCGACUGGCGCCAGUCCAUUCCGGAGGUGAAGGCGCCAGUGAAACCUCCAUUCAAUCUCACGAAUGCUACAUACGAUUGGCUCGAGUAUAAGCUGACGCCGUUGUAUGAGAAGAAGGAUGGACAGGGGAUGCCAACUCUGUCCGAGAUCACCCGCCGUGUGACCCUGGACACCUGGCAGGUAGGGAGCGAGAAGACAAAUCAAACGAUUUGGGUCAUGAACAAUCUAACGUGGACCAUGCACACGUUCCAACGGCCCAUGUUGGUGGAUAUUUACCAGAGAGGCGAGGAAGCAAUGCCCAACUAUGAAGCAGCGCUGGAAAACAACGGUUGGGAUCCAAGAGUCCAAGCCUUUGCCGCAAUGCCAGGCGAGAUAUUGGAGAUUGUUCUCCAGAAUCACGGGUCGCUGUGGAACAAUGGCGGCGGCGUUGACGUCCAUCCGUUCCAUGCCCACGGGCAACAUUAUUAUGACAUUGGUAGCGGGAAUGGCACGUACGAUGCGGAGGCAAACGAGAGGAAGAUCCAGAGUCUAGGUUAUGAGGCUGUACAAAGGGACACCACCAUGCUCCACAGAUAUACAUCCAAUGCAGGCGCAGGUGUACCAUCUGGUUGGCGAGCCUGGAGAAUCCGUGUGGACCAUCCCGGAGUUUGGAUGAUUCAUUGCCAUACGCUGCAGCAUAUGACUAUGGGUAUGCAAAGCGUUUGGGCUGUUGGAACUGCCCAAGAAAUCAUAGCUAUUCCUUUCACAGAGAGUGAAGGGUACCUGACCUACGGUGGAAGUGUUUACGGCAACGAGACAUAUGCACCGAAGUACCCGCAUUACUUUGACCCCUCCCAGUCGUAG